ACAGUGAUUUCCCUUCAUAAUGUCAGCUGUGAGGGAGUCAACCAGCAGACAUAGACACAUGUAAAGAGAGCGAGAGAGAAGAGAGAGAGAGGGAGGGAGGAAGUCAUGUUCAGCCUGUGUGUGGGCAGCGAAAGAGUGAAUGAAAGUUGGAGAUUGGAGACAGGGAGAGAGGAGUGUACAGCAGUGUGAGGUGAGACCCUUAUGUCUCACUCGAUCAAACAUCUGACGACUCACUUGGAGGCUUUUAAUCGAGAUAGAGAACCUACCGCAGAGAGUUUCACCUGGACAUACAGCACACCACACCGGGUUGGUUCUGAGGUUAUACCAAUGGAUACUCAUAUAGCAACGUCGGCUGCACUAUGCUCCUGUUUCACUAAUGAACACAUGGAAACUGUACGACAGAAGGAGGUGUGCAGGGAUCAUGGAGGCCUCUAAGAGAAUGCCAACCAGGCCGGACUGUAUCUACGCCACUAUCAACAGACUGAAGAACGGCCGUCUUGGUGAGCUAAGCGGUUCCCAUAUUGCUUCAGUGGAAAACAAGGGAACUGUGCAAAGAAGAGAGGGGGCACCGAAACUCCCCUUCACCCCAUUAGACAACCUGAGCAACCAGAGGGAGGAAUCACUCAUCAUGGCUCACAGGAGGUCAAAUUUUGAUCCUCAUGGCAAUGAGAACAAUUUAUUGGUAGGCAACAAACUCUCAAGAUCCAAUGGAGGCAAAAUCAAGGAUAAAAUUUCUCUGUGGGAGGGGAAAGAACCUCCUCAUUCACCCAUUACCUCAGGUUCUCUGGGCCAAUGCACCAGCAUAAAAAGGACAGAAUCUUUGACGAAAAGCAGCGAUGAGCAGAGUACGGACAGUUCCAGAAGAGUAUCCAACAAGGAAAAGCAAAAUCUCGUGAAAGAGAAUGGGGAUUCAAGGCCUUGUUCACCUGCUGAAAGUGUGAAACAGCAAAGAGGGACGCUCAAGAGCAGCAAGCCCAGUGAGAACCGAAAAGGAGAGGACUGCAGCAGAGUUGUCCACAAGGAAGAACGAGAUCACGAGAAAGAGAACGUAGAAAAGCUUCUGGAUUCAAGGCCUUGUUCGCCCAUGUCAGCAGUGCAGCAGCAGGUGGGGACGCUGAGGAAAAGCGGCGACAAGAGGGCAGCCGAACAAACCAGCCAGGAGAAGAGAGCUGUAUUCACUCUUUUCAAAAAGCUAGAGGCCAUGGGGGAGAACCACGGGAAAACUCCAACAGAACUCGGAAACUACUUCAGCCCACCAAGCAAGGACAAACGGACAGAUGUGAAGAAGAAAGAAUGUGAAGUCAUGGGUCAGACUAAUGCACUACAAUCCUCUGGAGUCAGAGAGGGAAAGCGGGACCAGGAGAAUGUGUACACAGAACCAGGAGCACCCCCCAUCAACCCAGUCCCCAAACCCCAACGUACCUUCCAACAUCCAGCUACCGCCUUUGCUGGGAAGGGUCAGAAGCAGGGGAGAGGGCAGAGGAACCUCCCACCGCUGCCCUCCAGCUCUACGAAAACGUCCUCAAAACCUCCCUUGGGCGUCUAUGGAAGACCGAGGGGCGAGAGAGUCAGAGACAACAUCAACAGGAAGUCCUUUGAGUUUGAAGACCUGGCAGGGUCAACCAGUCCACUCUUGCCUCGCUCACUGUCUCAGGAACAUCACUAUGAAGACAUCCUCGAUUCAUCCAAAGAAAACCCAUAUGAAGACAUAGAGUUGGACAGUCAGUGCUCCCAGCAGUCUUUGCCCUCCUCUCCUGGAGCCGAUAGUGCCAAGACUUCAAGACCCGGCUUCUUCAGGCAGAAUUCAGCCAGGAGCUUCAAGCUGCUGGACCUGAGGAGAACCAACCAGUCGACCCACAGCACCAGCAGCGGCGGUGUUUCAUCUCCACCCCAGCUCAGCCCUCCCUCCACUCCCACCGGGCCUGAGCACACUUCCUGGCUGCCCGGGGAUCUCUACAGCCGCACCUGCCGCAGGAUACCAACGGUUGUACUAAGAAUCAACAGUAUCUUUGAGGCUCGGAUCGGGAAGAAACAUCUACGGAGGAUCUAUCAUUACGCUGAGACAAGCUCAGGCAGAGUAACAGAUGACAACAGUGACUCUGAGAGCGAAGUUGAAGAAAGAGCAAAAGCUCAACGUCAGCGUCUCAGGUCAGUCCAGUCCAUAUUGAGCCAGCCAGGCCAGGCUCAAGUCCACUACAACGGUACCAAGAGCUCCCGGGAAAAGGACCUGCACCAGCGUCAGCUCUUUGAAUAUUUUCUAGUAGUGUCGCUGCAGAGGUCGAAGGCUGGAGCCCACUAUCUGCCGGAGGUCACGCAGCAGUUCCCCCCGAAGCUGGAGCGCAGCUUCAAGUUCAUGAGGGAGACGGAGGAUCAGCUGAGGAUCAUUCCUCAGUUCUGUUUCCCUGAUGCAAAAGACUGGGAACCGGUGGAGAGCUACCCAAGUGAGAUGUUCGCUUUUGUUUUGACCGGAGAGGAUGGGAGCAGGAGGUUUGGAUACUGCCGGCGUUUACUGCCAAGUGGCAAAGGCAAACGUCUACCAGAGGUCUACUGUAUUGUUAGUCACCUUGGCUGUUUCAACCUGUUCUCCAAGGUGCUGGACGAGGUGGAGAGGCGGAGGGCUUUAUCUCCAGCCCUCGUCCAGCCUUUCAUGAGAGCCAUCAUGGAGGCUCAGUUUCCCGCCCCGGGCAGAACCAUCACCGUUAAAACUUUCCUCCCCGGCUCAGGCACCGAGGUGAUGGAGCUCUGUCGACCCUCCGACUCCCGCCUGGAGCACGUGGACUUUGAGUGUCUGUUCUCCUGUCUGAGUCUCCGCCUGCUCCUCAGGGUGUUGGGGUCUCUGCUGCUGGAGCGGAGGGUCAUCUUCACCGCCGAUAAACUCAGUACUCUCUCCCAGUGCUGCCAUGCUGUCGUGGCGCUGCUUUACCCCUUCGUAUGGCAGCACACUUACAUCCCCGUGCUGCCCACGGCGAUGCUCGACAUCGUCUGCACUCCGACGCCGUUCAUCGUCGGCCUGCUGUCCAGUACCCUGCCUCAGCUCACUGAGCUGCCCCUGGAGGAGGUUCUGGUUGUAGAUCUUGGAAACAAUCGAUUUCUCAGACAGUUGGACGAUGAGGACUCCAUCCUGCCCUCUAAACUCCAGUCAGCCCUGGAGAAUGUUCUGGAGAGGAGGAGAGAGCUCGCUAACGAAAGAGGAGGAGACACACCCAGUGACCAGCUUAGCACCGUUGUGUCCGAGGCCUUUGUUCGCUUCUUCAUCGAGCUGGUAGGCCACUAUCCACUCUUCAUCACCGGGGAACGGGAAGACGGCUACUCUUCCUCCUCCUCCUCCCCGGUCCCCUGCUCCUUUCAGCAUGAGGGUUUUCGUAAAGCGAUCCCGUCCAAGACCGUCCGCCGCUUCCUGGAGGUCUUCAUGGAGACUCAGAUGUUUGGAUGGUUCAUCCAGGAGAGAGAGCUCCACAGGCAGGCUCUGAGAGGACUGUUUGAAGUCAGGGUGCAGGAGUAUUUAGACUCCAUCCACGAGAAUGAGCACCGGAGGGUCAACAGAUUUCUCAAAGGCUUGGGAAACAAGAUGAAAUUUCUCUCCAAGAAAUAAUCGCACUGUGACGCCUCAAAAAGAGGCGAAAAGCUGGAGACAAGAAGCACGGGAGGAAGGAAAGGUUUUCAUGGACUGCGGAGGAAAGAAAUUAUCAUCUCGAGCGCUUUCUCAGAGACGCUCGUUCACGCCAGCCUCAUCUGUGUCGGUGUUUCAGACUGUGGGGUUUUGCUCAAGGACACGUGAUUCUUCAAAUCGUUGCUGCCAAGAAAAAUCCUGCUGUGUUUCACAUGAGACUGAGACCGAAGACUAUACAGAAUUAUUCUUGGUUCCUUUUAAAAGUGUUCUCUUCCGGCGAAAACAAAAAACAACAAAAAAUAAAAUAGGUCCCUGUAAACUGCGUGCAAAAAUCCUGAGUAUAUUAAUGUGUGCUGUUUGCAGUGUCAUCUGAUUCCACAAGGGGGCAGUAGUAUGUCUUUUCUGAUUGCAUGAUCUUGGCAGUGACAGUGACAGACCAGAAAUGACACAGACCUGCUUUCCCGCUCUUAAAUUCUUCAGUUUUCUUGUAGUCAGAACAGUGACAGCAUCACAAGCAUCUGACUCUGUGACAAUUAAAUAAACAUUCUCUGUUGGUUGUUUGGAA